GCCCCGCGUGUCCCUCGGUCCGGGGUGCCGGGCCAGGGAGACCUGCCGGCCAGCACCGCUGGGAAAGCCUGAGGAGCCUCCUUGGGCUCCUUUGCCCAGAGGGGGAUCGGCUGGUCCCGGGAUGGGGAGCCCGCUCCCCAAGAUAAAACGGGAAGGCAGCGCGGCAACCACGCAAGAGGGGUGGUCGGAAAGAGAAGCAGAAAGGCGCUGCCUUCCACAGCCGCCACUUCCUCCUCUUCGCUCCCAGCCCAGGAUCUGACUGUGCAACGUUUUCUGGUCAGGUUGCUGCCCAGAUAUCAGCGGUGACAUUACUGGUGACAUUACUGGUGCCGGUGCAGGCCUCCCCCCUCCUCCCCAAGGCAAAAAAAAAAGCAAUGGCCUGAGGGAUUUCCGCUGCUUUCAUGGUGCUGGUUACUGUCCCGCCUGCCUUUGCCAGUUCCUGCAGAUGGUGGCAUCAACCCAGGCUAAACACAGCUAGCUCUGGAGAGGACAAUUCCGGAGUGGGCCUGGCGGGAGGGACAUGGUGCCAAGCUGAUUUCUUGUAACUUGCCUGGCCUGGGAAGGGGCUCUGUGGGCCUUUCAGGAUGAGCCCCCUCCUGCCAAGGGAUGAAGUCAGUGGUUGUGUAUCACACUUUCUCACAAUCGCAAGGUUUGAUGAAUAAGCCACAAACCCCCAUUCCUGGUCUCAUUUCCGUGCCUGAGUUUCGUGACCUGCCUGGUGUGGGUAGCAUGAGAGAAAUCCACCUUCUGCCCACCCCAAACUUUGACCCCCGGAGGGGAUGCGGCUUUUGGACUCGUGUUCAGAGUCUCUUUUUGCCCUGUGCUAAAAUACUCGGAGCCUGUUUCGUUUUAAUUCUGUACGUCUGACUGGAACUGGUAAAUAUCAUUUACUUUCUUCUUGGGCAAAAUGAAAGAAGAUUAAAUAAGCGAUAUAGAAUUGCUUCAUGUGUUGGAUAAGGAGCUGAACUUGUGCUGGUGGGGCUGCUGACGGGAUGCCCCUCUUUGCGCCAUCUGCGGGCAGGAAGAACUGGAAGGAGGAGGAGCGGUGCCUGCGGGCAAACGACCGGGCCUUCAACCUGCAGUUUGAUUAUGCUAAAAACUCCAUUAAAACCUCCAAGUACAACCUCUUCACCUUCCUGCCUCUCAACCUCUUCGAGCAAUUCCAGCGCAUCGCCAAUGCCUACUUCCUCAUCUUGCUCAUUCUGCAGCUCAUCCCUGAGAUCUCCUCCCUCUCCUGGUUCACUACCGUGGUGCCCCUGGUCUUGGUCCUGACCGUGUCCGCAGUCAAGGAUGCCAUGGAUGAUGUUAACCGCCACGCAAAUGACAAGCAAGUCAACAACCGGCCAGUUAAGGUUCUGAUUAAUGGCAGUUUGAAGGAAGACUUGUGGCUCAACGUUGAAGUGGGAGACAUCAUCAAGCUGGAGAACAAUAAUUUUGUGACAGCGGAUGUCCUCUUGCUCUGCAGCAGUGAGCCCCACAGCCUGACCUACAUUGAGACGACGGAACUGGACGGGGAAACCAACCUGAAAGUGAAGCAGGCGCUGACCGUCACCGCGGCGCUAGGGGGGGACCUGCAGGCCCUGAGCAGCUUUAAUGGGGAAAUCCGCUGUGAAGCCCCCAACAACCGGCUGGGCAGGUUCACUGGGACCCUUUUCUUCAAGAAGGAGAAGUUCGCCCUGGACAACGAGCAGCUGCUGCUGAGGGGCUGCAUCAUCCGCAACACCGACUGGUGCUUCGGGCUGGUCAUCUUUGCCGGGCCGGAUACCAAACUGAUGCAAAACAGUGGAAAAACCAUUCUGAAGCGGACCAGCAUCGAGCGUCUCAUGAACUACCUAGUCUUGGUGAUCUUUCUCUUUUUGGCCAUCAUGUGUUUGAUCUUGGCCAUCGGCAACUGCAUCUGGGAAUACAACCAAGGCUACCGGUUCCAGGUGUACCUGCCCUGGGAAACGGAUGUCAAGUCAUCAUUUUUCUCUGCAUUUCUUGUGUUCUGGUCCUACGUCAUCAUCCUCAACACGGUGGUGCCCAUUUCUCUCUAUGUCAGUGUUGAGAUCAUCCGCCUGGGCAACAGCUGCUACAUCGACUGGGAUCACAAGAUGUACUACCCACUCAUUGAUAUGCCUGCCCAGGCCCGCACCACCACCCUCAAUGAGGAGCUGGGGCAGAUCAGUUACAUCUUCUCAGACAAAACAGGGACCCUCACUAAGAACAUAAUGAUCUUCAACAAAUGCUGCAUCGCUGGGAAACUCUACGGAGAUAUUCUGGAUUCAGAUGGAUUCCUGGUGGAGGAUUAUGAGGCAAUAGACAAAGUUGACUUUUCAUGGAACCCUUUGGCCGACCCAAAGUUUGUCUUCUAUGACCACAGACUGGUCAGAGCGGUGAAGGCCAGGGAUGAGUCCACACACAGGUUCUUCCGCCUCCUUUCCCUCUGCCACACGGUGAUGCCAGAAGAAACAAAGGAGGGCACGCUGGUGUACCAAGCCCAGUCCCCAGACGAGGGGGCCCUGGUGACUGCAGCCCGAAACUUCGGCUUCGUGUUUCGUGCCCGCACCCCCACGACCAUCACUGUGGUGGAAAUGGGGGAAACCGUGGUUUACGAGCUGCUGGCCAUUCUGGACUUCAACAAUGUGCGCAAAAGGAUGUCCGUCAUUGUGCGAAACCCGAGAGGUGAGCUGACUCUGUACUGCAAAGGGGCCGACACCAUCCUGUACAAGCUCCUCCAUCCCUCCUGCAAAGAACUGGAAGAAGAGACUACCGAGCACCUGGAUGAGUUUGCUGGGGAAGGUUUGCGGACUUUGGUGGUGGCUUACCGAGACCUGGAGGAGUCCUACUUUGAGAGGUGGCGGAAGCGUCACCACAAGGCGAGCACCAGUUUGCAGGACCGAGAGGGAAAGCUGUCCCAGCUGUAUGAGGAGAUCGAGAGAGACCUGCAGCUCCUUGGGGCCACCGCCGUGGAGGACAAGCUGCAGGAAGGGGUCCCCCAGACCAUUGAGAUCCUGGGAAGGGCAAAUAUUAAAAUCUGGGUGCUCACCGGUGACAAGCAAGAGACCGCAGUGAACAUCGGCUAUUCCUGCAACAUGCUGUACGAUGCCAUGAAGGACAUCUUCUUCAUUCAUGGCGACAGCUGGGAAGAAGUGGAGCAGCAGCUCAGGACAGCCAAGGACAGGAUGCAAGCAGACCUCGAUGUACAGACAGAAGAGCUUGAAGUCAAGAGGUCAACCUCCAGCUUCUGGAACAAAGAGCCUGGAGGCUUCUGGAACAAAGAGCCCGCCAGUGGAGACUACGGCCUGAUCAUUAAUGGACACAGUUUGGCCUACGCGCUGGAGGGGGAGCUGGCAGAAUUGCUGGUGAACACGGCCUGCCUGUGCAAAACGGUGAUCUGCUGCCGGGUGACUCCGCUGCAGAAGGCCCAGGUGGUCGAUUUGGUGAAGAAGUACAAGAAAGCCGUCACCCUGGCCAUCGGAGAUGGCGCCAACGACGUCGGCAUGAUCAAAACUGCCCACAUUGGCGUUGGUAUCAGCGGCCAGGAGGGGAUGCAGGCAGUGAUGUCCAGUGACUUCUCCUUCGCCCAGUUCCGCUACCUGCAGCGGCUGCUGCUGGUCCACGGCCGGUGGUCGUACAUCCGCAUGUGCAAGUUCUUGUCUUACUUCUUCUACAAAAACUUUGCCUUCACGCUGGUGCACUUCUGGUUUGGCUUCUUCUCCGGCUUCUCCGCCCAGACUGUGUACGAUGAAUGGUUCAUCACCCUUUACAACAUGGUAUACACCUGUUUGCCAGUGCUUGGAAUGAGCCUCUUUGACCAGGAUGUAGAUGACCGCUGGAGCCUGCAGUUUCCCCAGCUGUACAUCCCUGGCCAGCAGAACCUGUACUUCAACAAGAAGGAGUUUGCCAAAUGCAUCCUGUACAGCAUAUACAGCUCCCUGGUGCUUUUCUUGGUCCCUUACGGAACCAUUUUUGAUUCCAUCCGGAACGACGGAAGGGACGCGGCUGAUUAUCAAUCCUUCGCCCUCAUGGCGCAGACCUGUCUGCUCAUCGUGGUGUCGGUCCAGAUGGGCUUGGACACGGCCUACUGGACGGCCGUGAACCAGCUCUUCCUUUGGGGCAGCCUGGCCAUCUACUUCAUCAUCACCUUCACCUUGUACAGCGACGGCACCUACCAGAUGUUCACCUCCUCCUUCCCCUUUGUCGGCACCGCCCGGAACAUUCUUAACCAGCCUAAGGUGUGGCUCUCCAUCUGCCUCUGCAUGAGUCUCUGCGUCCUGCCGGUGAUCGGCUUCCGGUUCCUGAAGAUGCAACUCAUGCCGACCCUCAGCGAUCAGGUGGUGCGCAAAGUGAAGCAGCUCCGCAAAGCGCCCGGCCCGCCCGCCCUGAAGCACUACCUGCAGCGCAGCGCCUCCCGCCGCUCCGGCUACGCCUUCUCGCACCAGCAGGGCUUCGGCGACCUCAUCACCUCCGGGCGGAACAUGCGCCUCAAGCCCCCCCAGGCCGGCUUGAUCUCUUCAUCGCCCUACGCCCAGAAGUACCGGGCGCGCUUGGAGAAGACAAUGGCGGGCGCUUCCUAGCCCCUCCGGCGGGCGACCUUAGACCGGCUGGGGGUGGGUGGGGCCGGAGGGACCCUUGCUUUUGCCUGCGGAGAUGAGACUUUGCCGGCGCGGAGCGCUACCGACAGCGAACGGGGGCAGGAGGCAGUUCAGACCAGACGCGGCCCCCUCCCCGAGACCCGGCAGAAAGAGCAGGCAGGGGGAGGGGGAAGCUGCUCUCCCACAAGGGCCAGGCUGGCGAGGGGGCUUCUAGCAAGCUCAGGGCGACAGACCCCUUCGCAGUUCCCAGGAUUCGACCUCGGCACACGCUCAUCCCCGGCUGAUCCGUCGCUGCUUCUGAAUGCUUCACGCGGAGAGGAGGGGGGCGGGAAAGGAGCCCUGCCUGGGUAGAGACCCCCCCGGAAGGCCGGGGUGGUGGGGAGCUCUCCCCCCCCCUCUCCAGCCCAGGAGAAUGGCGGGGGUAGCGUUGCGCACGCUGUCUGAAGAAAGACGCCACCUGGCGGAGAGUCUGGACCCAAGCGGAGGAGGGGGUUCAGGUCCAGCAAAGGCCUGGGGGCUCCUGGCUCAGGAAGAUGGAAGCCCAGAACAAGCUUGGAGGGGCCCCGCAACUGUUCUGGAUGCAUCACCUGCUGGUCAAGUGGGGAAGGAACCUUGGGACACCCCUUUUUCCCCCGACUCUUGGGCUGGAUGUGCUACUUUCCACUUGCUAAAGAGCCUUGGGGCAGGGGAGGGGGAGGGAGAAAGAGAGGCACCUGUCACCGGCCCGGAGGCUGCCCCUUGAGAUUUGCUCACCUAGUCUGCAGGAGAUGCUGGGCCUUCUGGAUGGUCUGUCCUGCUGGUCCUACACAUGCUGUGACCCAUGGCGCAUCUGGGCUGUGGGGCCAGAGUUGGUGGCUUGAACUUCGGGGCCUCAAAAUUGGGUCAAACUGGAGGCCGGAAAUGCUGUUGGCAACCAGCAGGUCACUCUUGCGAGGUUCUGGCAUCUUUACACCCUAGAAGGCUUAGGGCCAUAACGGGGGGGGGGCUGAUAAAGGAGCUCCUCCCAGCCAGCCCCCCUUGACACAAGAAAUUCUGGGAUGCAGGCGAUAGGAAUACAUUGGCUCCAAGUUGACUGCAGAAUUGAGGUGGGUGAGUGGUCUUGGGGACUGGCCCUUCUUCUAUAAUGGAGCAAGGAUGGACAGGCAGGACGGCUGGCUGGAGUGGGGUGGGGUAGAACAGAUGUAUUCAUCUUCCGGGCCAGAGAUGCCUGCUGGAAGAAGCUACGUCUGCAGUGCCCUCCCUCCCCCACCCACUGCUGGGGUGGCCAAGCAUCCAUCGCUUCCAGCCAAGGUCUUCAGCCUCCCGUGGUUUUUAGUUGACCAGGCCACAAAGCUCUGCUGCCCAGGCCACUCGGAGGGCAGGCACCCUACCUAGUGCCCUUCCUUUGGGGGGGGGCAUCCCUGGGGGGACGCUGUGAGAUGGAAGCUUGCCAGAAAAUUUGUCCCACAAUGUUCCCCUGCUAAGGUACCUUUCUUCCGCAAGCAUUUCUGUUUAAUUCUAAGAACAGUAUUGCUUCAUCCAAAAUUAUUGCAUAAGAUGGUUAUGGAAAUUACGCUCAGCCAGGAUUAGGGAACGAAAGGGAUAUUAUGCCAGUCAAAUCUAAAUCCAGUGUUGUAAUUUUUUUACGCCCAUAUGUUUAUACACACAGCAAUUGAGGCUUGCUGAGGGUAAUAUAUUUAUAAUGUUGAGCUUUUAAAAAAAAAUAAAUAAUAUAAGGGAAGUCUCUA